AUGAAGGUGUUUUGCAGAAAGCCAUCCUUGCUUCUACUGGUUAUCCUCCUUGCAACGAAUUGUUUGUACAUUAUUGAAGCUCAGAAAUGUCGCCAAAGUGGUGCGGUGAAAGGGAAAAAGGCACCUCCUGGACAAUGUAACAAAGAGAAUGAUUCAGACUGCUGUAAAGAAGGGAAAUUGUAUCCAGUUUACAAGUGUUCACCACCAGUCUCUUCCCACACAAAGGCACAUCUCACACUGAACAGUUUUGAGAAAGGCGGAGAUGGAGGAGGCCCUUCAGAAUGUGACAAUCACUAUCAUUCUGAUGACAAACCAGUUGUGGCACUUUCCACUGGCUGGUUCAACCACAAGAGUAGGUGUCUCAAGAACAUCACCAUAACUGCCAAUGGUCGGAGCGUGGUGGCCAUGGUGGUUGACGAGUGUGAUUCCACUAGAGGCUGUGAUGCAGACCAUGAUUACCAACCUCCAUGUGACAACAACAUUGUUGAUGCCUCCAAGGCUGUCUGGGAAGGUUUGGGAAUUCCCAGGAGUCAGUGGGGCUGGUACGAUAUUGCAUGGUCUGAUGCCUGA